UAUACUAUAAAAUAUAAAUGAUUCAAACAUAAUUAUUUUCAAAUCUGUAUUUCAGUAAAAUUGUUUUUUCCUUGAAUAUUUUAGAAAUCGUUUUAGUUUAAUGAGAUGGAAAUUAAAAGAACGUAAAUAACAGUUGCUAAAUUACAUUUAAAAAAACCUGUCACUCAGAUAAUAUACACUAGUACAAUCUCAUUAGCCUUCUUUAAAUAUCAUAAAUUUAAUUCUUGAAAGUCCCUUUGUAAUUUUAAACUGUUAAAAUAUACAUUGCAGUGUUUUUUUCGCCAAUUUACUAUAUUCUUUAUACACGUAAAGAGAUUUAAUUGCAUUUUUUGUUUCUUUUUUUUAUAUUGAAGAUGCAUUUAGUUUUAAUUCCAUUUCCCUUAUAAAUAGUAAAUAAUGCUGAACGUGCAUUUAACAAUAUUUCAUAAAAAAAUGCUCUCACCUAGUUAGAUUAACGAUAUCGGACGUUACUUGCCCUUUUUCCGAGAGAAUAAGCAUCUCGGAGCAACAUCCUCUUCGAAAGGACGGAUUCAAUUAUUUAUUUCGUCGCCUAUCCGAAACACAAAGCGAAAUGACAGCAGCUUCGAUUCACAGCUGCCGCGCCGUGGUCGAACGUUAUUGACAGCACAUGACACAAUUGUGUCACCGUGGUAUUGACUGGCGUUGCAUUACGGACCGGCGCGAACGGUCGCACGCGUCUCGUCGAUUUUUCCGAAUUCGGUUUCCGCGAUGUCUGUGCGUGGCGUUGGGUGAGGUCAGCGCCAGGAUAACGACGUGCUCGUUGCUUUCCAGAGAGGUGGCGAUGAACGAGAAGCUGAUCGUGCAGAUGAGCGGCAAGAGGACGCGGAUCUUCAACACCAAGACACCGGAUAGCUGCAGAGAUAUCGACCGGGGGAAGCACAAAGACUUUACGUUCGAUCAUUCCUACUGGUCCUUCGAUUCGAACGACGAAAACUAUGCAUCCCAGGAAGAGGUUUUCUACGAUCUCGGUACGGACGUAAUAGAAAGUGCCUUCGAGGGCUAUAAUGCCUGCGUUUUUGCCUAUGGCCAGACAGGAUCCGGGAAGACCUUCACAAUGAUGGGCACACCGGAGUCUCAGGGAUUGAUACCACGGAUUUGCAAGACGCUUUUCGCUAGAAUGGCAGCUGGAAAGGAGAGCGGGGCGUCAUACAGAACGGAAGUAUCAUUCCUAGAAAUCUAUAACGAAAGAGUGAGAGAUCUACUUAGACUGGAUCAAAGCCAAUCUCAUUCGCUGAGAGUACGGGAACAUCCUACGGGAGGGCCUUACGUCCAAGACUUAUCAUGUCAUCUCGUCUACGAUUAUUCGGACAUUCAGGAAUGCAUGGUGAGAGGUAAUACGCAUAGGACUACAGCCAGCACAAAGAUGAACGAUGUGAGUAGCAGGAGUCACGCAAUUUUUACGAUAACCUUCGUCCAAGCCGGCCUCUCGGAAGGCAACAUGCCGUCGGAGACUGUUUCCAAGGUGCACCUUGUCGACUUGGCCGGAAGUGAACGUGCGAACGCGAGCGGAGCAACGGGUCAACGACUAAAGGAAGGUGCACACAUCAACAAGUCAUUGGUGACUCUAGGCACUGUGAUAUCCACACUCUCCGAGCUUAGUUCUGCCAACGGCGACGUGUCCGCCACGAAACGCAAUAUCUUUAUUCCUUAUCGUGAUAGCGUGCUUACAUGGUUGCUGAAAGAUUCCCUGGGCGGCAACUCGAAGACCAUCAUGAUAGCGACUAUCAGUCCGGCGGAAUGCAAUUACAACGACACUCUCAGUACUCUUAGAUACGCUAAUCGCGCGAAGAACAUUAUCAACAAGCCGACUAUCAACGAAGAUGCAAACGUAAAACUCAUCAGAGAACUCAGAGCGGAAAUAGAAAAGCUGAAAUCUCUUAUCGAUAUAAAUAUGAGCGUGGAGAAACCACCGCAAGUGCUGCUGGCUCAAAUCCAAGAGAAGCAGGAGCAAGAAAAGGUACUGACCGAGGAAUGGACCGAAAAGUGGCGAGAGACGCAACAGAUUUUGCAAGAACAAAAAGCGUUGGGAUUACGAAAGAGCGGGGUCGGUGUCGUUCUCGACUCGGAAAUGCCGCAUUUAGUCGGCAUCGACGACGAUCUGCUCAGUACCGGCGUUACGUUGUAUCAUCUGAAAGAGGGAAAAACGCUAGUUGGCACGGAGGAAGCUUCCGCUGCCCAGGAUAUUGUAUUGACUGGUGCGGACGUGGAACCAGAACACUGCGUGGUCGAACUAGAUAGUGGCGUGGCGACGCUGCACCCGCUCUCACCCCACUGCUGGAUCAAUACUGCUCAGGUAGACAAACCGACAAGACUAUCACAAGGCUGUAUCAUUCUCCUGGGUAGGAACAAUAUGUUCCGGUAUAACGAUCCGGCUGAGGCGGCGAAACUCCGAAAGGAGGGUGGCUCGGGCAACGGCAAUCUGCAAUCAACGGUUGUCAAUCUGUCGAGGUUAUCGCUCUUAAGUUGGAGCGUCUCCGAUCUGCACGCAUCCUGUUCUAGUGACAAUCUACUAAACUCUAGCGAGGAUCUCAGGGCAGUCGAGGAGUUGGAACAGCAGAAGGCCGCGCUUCUGAAGGAGAAGGAAGACUUUAAGAGGGAACAAGAGGAGCGCGAGGAGAGAUGGACCGCCAGAAGGGAAGCGCUGGAGGGAGCCCAACGUGAGUUGGAACGCGAAUGGGGUGCACAGUGGAAAGAAUGGGCGGACGCGAUCGCGGUUCUGGAGUCGCGUCAACGUGAGCUGCGCGCGCGCCGGCAUAUCCUGGAGCAAGAACGACGGGACGAAAUGACGCAAGUAGAAAGUAUAUGUAGGGAAGUCGCCUAUCUACGCACAUUAUUGCAGUCCAAGCAUCGACAAUUGCAAGAGCUCGUCGACAAUCAGGAACGCGCGCAAACUGAUCAACAUCGAUGGGAAAAGACGGAUAACGGUGCCGGCAGUGACGACAGUCUGCCCGAUUCUUGGUCCAGUCUCAACGAUGAAAAGUGUAUAGACAGUGUCAGGCAAUUAGUGAAUCAUCAUAAAAAAGAACUAGCCGCUUUGGAGAGCGAGCUGCAGAGCAAGGUCAAAUCUCUGAACGAACAUCAGAGCAAGGUAGAUAAGAUGGAGGAGGAGCUGAUGGAGAUCGCGAAGAAGCAGAAGCAGAUAUUCAGGGCAGAACUGGGAGGUGAAGGAGUAACGGAGAAGAAGCAAUUAUUGGCCAAGCGGACUCAGGAACAGCUUGAAGAGAUCGUACGGCGUAAGCAGAGCCUAUCGUUGGACUUAAAACGCGCCACGCCCGCGUUUCUAGACGACUGUUCGUCAAACGAUUGUGACGAGACGGCCUUCAGCUGUAAUUCCAGGUCUUUUCAAGAACCGAACAAUAGAAAGCAUCAGAUCGUCGCGGACUUGAAUUUGUUGCCGCAGAGUAUACCGAGUUCCGAUACCGCGGAAACAUUCCACACGGCGGCGGCCGACUCUCCGGAACUUCGCAUAGCUUUCGAAGACAUCGACACGACGUGUAUAAGCGAUCUAAUGAAGAAUGUAGCUACAAACGAGAAUCGAAAUGAUGGUAACUCGACCGAGAUGGAAAUUAAAAACACGACAAAUGCGAACAGAGAUACUUCCAUGGAGUUGACGAGCGACGAAGAAAGGAAGGUACAAUCGACCGCGAUAUCUAACAUCCCAGAGAACAUGCUCCAGGAUACGCUGGAAUCGCCAAUACAACAGAAUCCGGCGAUGAAGAAGCUGAACCAAAGAAUCGCACGUCAACGUAUGAUGGUAAUGAGAUGCCUGGACGCUGGUACUCCGUCGAAGGAAGAGCUCAAUCGACAGAUAAUGAUACUACAGGAUCUGCAGAAACAGCAGAUCGAAUUGGAAGUGUCUUUAUUGGAGGAUGAAAAGAAGAGUUAUUCCACAAGGCGACUCGAGUGCGGCGAUAGCGACGACCACAGUGAUAAACUUGUCAACGAGACCGAGAAUCAUGUGCAGAACGAAUCAAAUGCUUACUGUAGUGUUGUAGAACCUACGAAUAAUAGCUCCGCCAUUCUGUUAACGGUAGCGCAAACCAGAUCUCAACUUUUCAGGAAUAACAGGCCUAAUACUAAUGAUCAAGAGACUUUGUCGGAAUCGUUAGCGUCUAAAAGAUCCUCUAGUCGGGGUUACUCGACGGUUUACUUAACGAGUCAGAAUCGCGGCGAUCGCUUGAGUAGUCCGUACUCUUUGACAAUCACAAGGUCUCUGCCAUCAUUAAUAGCGAAUGACGGUGAUUGUGUGAUUAAUAUGAUCGUCAGUGUGCCGUCGUACGUGAUACGCGGAGCUGGCGCGUCCAGUCAUUAUGAAUACGAGGUACGAGUUGUAGCACAAGACGAUAGCUGGACACUUCUGCGUAGAUACAGACGGUUCCGGGAAUUGUAUAUAUCGAUGCGACAGAAGUACGGUAGCAAGGUUGCAGCGAUACGCUUUCCCCCACGCCAAGUCUUUCCAAAGUACGAAGUAGUAGCGAAGCAACGGCGGAAACGCCUCGAGGAAUACCUUCGUCGAUUAAUUCAAGUUUGCUCUGAACUGCCGCACUGCGAACCCUUAUACAAAUACAAUGGUAAUCUUACUAACAUAAACAAGCAAUCCCUGCUGGAGUUCAGCCCGUUUUUCAGACGCGGUAUGUUCGAGAGUGGAAAGUACGGAACUAGCUAAAGUAUUAUCGUGCAAUUCUCAUCUGUUCGAAUGCCGAAGAGAAUGAAUGAGAGAAUUCAAUAAGUGAAUAUGACAAAUGUUUAAAAUUUAUCAUAUUUUUUUUCAUUUUCUUUUCUAUUAUAACAAAUGUAGCAGCUAUAGCAAAAGAGGUAUUAAGUGAAUUGAAUAGCAACGGCGUUUGUACAGAAUGAGUCUCGUAACAUUUGUCGCAUACAUACACAAGAGAAUUUUACCUUAGAAUUUAUCCUUAAAAUCGUGGUGGUCGUGAAAUAACAUGGUUCGAAGAAUUUUACUAUAAUUUUAAUAAAAUUUAGCAAAAAUUUAGUAAAAUUUAACCAAACUGUUUUACUGUGAUAUUAUUAAGUCACAGAAGAUUAUGAAAUUCUUUGAAAUACAAUGUUUCAUGAUUACUACGAUUCUGAGGGUAAAUUCUAAGAGAAAAUUCUCUCCGUGUAUGUAUGCAAUAUAUUCCUUAAAUCACAUAUCAAUUCUAUGAAAAAUUAAAAAUAAAACUAAAAUGUGUUUCGUAACUUAUUGAUAUAUUCAAUAAGAGUAUUACGAACCAUUUAUCAGUGACUGAGUUACAAAUGUUAAGUGACUCGUCCUGCUUUGUAGUCGUUACAAAAAUAUAUGCUUCCAGAAGCUUAGCGAUCGUAAGACUGGUUUGUAGAAAAUGAGCGUUCCUCGCUGAUACUGUCUCAUGCGCUCAGAGUAAAUUUGCGAAGAGAUAUUAGUGGGAAAGCAACGUGAUAUAUUCUUUAUGAAAGAGAGAAAAAGAAGAUCGCGGUUGGCGAGGCAAAACAUAUCGCGUUACAGCGACUUAUUUUUUCCUUUAUAGAUAUUUUCCUAAUGUCUUUUCAAUAGAAUCUCCCAGUAGAAUUCACGAAGUGUACCUUCCUUCGAUAUAGUCAAAUCAUGUAGUUGAUAUUAUAUUUCCGAUUACGUUCUACUAGCACAAACGAACGUUAUUGUAAAUUACGAAGCGGCAAAAGAACGAAUUCGUCAGUGACCAUAACUUCGCAAAAUAGAGACCAUAACUUCGUAGUUUACUCGAUAGCCGAAGAGUAUUUAUUUUGUGCGUCGAAUAGCGUUUUGUAUGCGCGACCCAAGUAGCGAAUCAACUAGCGAAUUGAAAGAACACUUUCCAUUAGCAUAAUAAUUAUCGACUUGUAAACGUAGCAAUGUAUUACAAGCGAGAAAGAUAUCAUAUCUUUGUUAAAAUUCUUCCGUUUUCAGGAUUUUAUCUCUGGCUAUUAAUAAAACUUUUACCACUACUUCAGAUACGUGUUCUAGAGUUCCAAAUAAGAAAAAAAAUGCAUAUAAACAUGUGUUCAAAAAUAUUUAUCGAGUUACAAUUCCUUAAAAUUCUUUAAAAAGAAAGUCCAUUUUUAUUUUCUCAUAUUUUCUAAAUUUAAGAUACGACAAAGUAAAAAUGUGCAAAGGUAUACUUUUUCAGUUUUACUCACUGAUUUUCUUAAGUUACUCAGAUUCAUUUUUUAAUAUUUUUAGAAAGACGAGAUUUUAAUUUUUUAAAGUUUUAAUUUUUUUAUGUGAUGUAUUAUUUUAGACAAAAGUCUUUAAAAUCUUUUUUAUUUUUUAAGAGAAUUGUUACCUUAGAAAAAAUAAAUAGUGGAUUAAUAUAACAAAAUUGAAGUAUACAAAACUCACAAAAUUAAGAAAGAUCAAGGUCUGACUUGGAAACAGUUUUACUCAGCUUAGGAGUAUAAAUAAAUAAUAAAUAAAAAAGUUGUAACUGGAUAAAAGGAUAUUUCCAGACAUGUAUUUCUAUGAACUUUUUUUCACACCGUGGCCUUUAAGUAUCUAAAGUAGCGGCAAAAAGUUUAUUAAUAUCCUCUGUCUGUUUGCUUGGCUGUGUGUGCGUACGCGUGUAUGUGUGUAUAAAUGUGUCUAGUGCAAGGAAUUAACAGAUCACUGUUAAAGUUUGAAGUUGUUAUGCAGAUAUUAGCAUUUAUUUGAAUAUUAAUACUAAACCAAAGUCAACGAUAACUAUCGAUUUUGGGAAAUAUCACUGCGUUGCUAUGGAUGACAAUUGAUCAGAUCGAUCAGACUGUACGAUUGAAGUAUUAAAGUUUUACCAAAAAGCUUCUUAUUGGCGUGCAAAAAACCUUGAGAUAAUAUAAAACUGCUUGUUCGUUACAUAGCCAGGAUUUCGCCUUGUAAUCUUGCCGGAUAUUCAAACAUGCGAUGAAAAAGAAGAAUCACACUUUCAGCUUCGAAAAAACGCUAUUAUAUUUAGUACGUUAAAUAAAAUAAAAUCUAUAUAUAUAAAAAAAAUAAUAAGCGCCACAAGUACGAUAAAUAUGCUUUUCGGUAGUACGAUAAAAAAAAAGGUAUUUAUUCCAUGGCUGUGUGUAACCUGGAUUCGAAAGAACCCCACAGAUUUAUCCUGGCUAAUAAUUAAUAAUUAGUGAUAACGAGACACUUGACACUCUGAAGCGACAACACCGUUUAGAAGGUGUGUAUCGCGAAUACUAAUCGAGAUGUGUAUAACGAGGCAGUUAUUACUUAUUCGAACGGACAUUACCUCGCGUUUCAUACGAUCAUCAUCACAAUCAUCCCACGUCGUUAUCCGCUUUUUUUAUACACAAAUCUACGAGACCUAUAUGUUCCAUAAGUGUAACAAUGGAGUACAAUAAAUUGUUAUAAUACA